GCAUAAGGUAAGUAUUUCAUUUGCUCAUUUCAACUAAUAAGCUGAGACCAAAAACCAAAGGGAAGUUGAGAAGUUUCUGGAGAAGGGAAAAAUGGGGAAGCAGCCGGUGAGGAUGAAGGCAGUGGUGUACGCGCUGUCGCCGUUUCAGCAGAAAGUGAUGCCUGGUCUCUGGAAAGAUCUGCCGACGAAGAUCCACCACAAGAUCUCCGAGAACUGGAUCAGCGCCACCCUCCUCCUCGGCCCACUCGUCGGCGUCUACUCGUAUGUUCAGAACUACCAGGAAAAGGAGAAGUUGGAGCACAGGUACUGAAGCUAUGCAUUCAGUCAAUAGCUGUUGAAAUUGCCAGAAGAACUGUAGUUUUUCUUGUUUCUCAUGCAAAUAAGUUUGAGUAUUUUUUUUGGUUAUUGGUUAAACUUGUACUUCAAUGUUGAGCUUUGCUACUGGGAAUUCCAGUGUAUGUCUUGACUUGUACUCGUUAAAUUGACAAUUUUUUGGGGGUAUUUCUAGAUUGAUGCAUUGGUUUGGUGCCAAAUUAAUAGAAUAAUGCUUAUGGCUUAUGUGCCUGCAACACAAUACA